AUGUCCCACAGUCACAGCCACUCAUGCUGGAGUUUCUACAGUGUCCCACCACUCUCCGCCAUUGAACAUGCCUCUAAUCCUGUGAACGUUGAAGACGGAUUACAUUUACCCAGCAGCUGCUAUAGCAGAACCUGGCUCCUGGAUAACUUCCAAGAAACCUGCUGUGAAAGCACUAGUUGCCAAGCGACCAAGUGUCAGCAGAAUUCACGCUCAGAAGACAGUGGUGUGCCAAGUGCCUGCUUCCCCAGAGUUAUCCAGACAGUGUGUCCUGAUCCCAUUUCCCGUGAGAGGACAAUGGGCCCAGCAGGAGCUGACUCGGCAGUACCGGAGCGUGUCCUUCCAUCUUCCCAGCCAGGAUGCAGCCAGCAAAUGGGUCAUGUAAUUCUGAGCUGCCAACCUGUGAGCUAUGUGGAAAGGAAUUGUCCACACAAGACGUAUGUGUGUAAAAGUUGCCAAACUCUGGAAAAGGAACUUCGUCAAAUACCGGCUGAGAACUCUGAAUCCAGUUCCUGUAGGUUUUUGGUCUGUGGGACACAGCCCUUGGAAUCAUCUAGUACUUAUGAACCGACUUGCUGUGUUACUGGUGGUUUGCAAUUGCCUAGUAAGUAA